ACGUCUCCAACGCCACCCAACAAAAUAAAGGGGAAAACCCUAAGAAAUUGCAGAGAAAAGGAAAGGGAAAAAAGGGGAAAAUAGCUAACCUUCGAGUAGAAGAGGAGCGCCGUGAGCGAUCGGGCGGUGGAUGAGAGAUCGGCAGAGAUGAGCUGCAACGGAUGCAGAGUUUUACGCAAGGGUUGCAGCGACUCCUGCUUUCUGCGGCCUUGCCUCCAGUGGAUCGACUUCCCCGAGGCUCAGGCCCACGCCACCGUCUUCGUCGCCAAGUUCUUCGGUCGCGCCGGCCUCAUGUCCUUCAUCUCCGGCGUUCCCCCCUCUCAGCGCCCCGCUUUGUUCAAGUCUUUGCUGUUCGAGGCGUGCGGGCGAACUAUCAACCCGGUGAACGGUGCCGUGGGUUUGAUGUGGACCGGCAAUUGGCAUCUCUGCCAGGCGGCGGUAGAGACGGUUCUCCGCGGCGGCACGCUCAGCACACUUCCUGGUCUCGCCGCCGAGGACCACAGCGACGACGCGCCGCCGGAGUCCGACGGCCUCUGCUCCCCGCCGUUGAUGGGGUUCUCCUCCUCCGCGGCCAAGCGGUGGAAGGUGCCUGCCCCAUACGACGCGGUGGCAGCGUUGUCAUGCGAUCUAGACUUGUGUUUGACCCCUUCACCCGGCGACGGGAGUGAGGAGAAGCGAAGCUGGCGCCCGGCGACGCCGUCGAUCAACUCAGAAGGAUCGGUGACGACGAGCGGCGGAGGCGACGGUUCCACCGCCGAGCCAAGGCUUCUCAACCUCUUCGUUUGAUGGCCUGGUCCCGUUGGUUACGCGUGCGGUUCUUCUAAUUUUAGUGCCUGCGAAAGUUUUUGGGUGCUGUUUGAGGCCGGCAAUCUUUCGAAUUAAUAUUUCCUUGUCAAUUUGCCUUUUUCUUGGCGUGCUGUGGCGGAUGACGCGAUAUUGAGGACGUCCACUGAUGCGGUGUAUUAGUCCAUGAUAGUCUUUAAAUAAGACUUCCACCUAAUCGUGCCGGUGGAUUGUUAUUUAAGAGGACAAACAUUAUAAUUUGAGUUCGAGAUCAUUGAUCUCAGUCAGAAA